AUCAGAUGCGAUCCUAAAGGUAACCUUCGAACGUCAAAAACAUGACCGGUCCGUAAGUCCCGGAAGACGAUCUUGGCCUUGCUUGAACUUCCGAGUCGUCUCAACUUGUUCAACUCCGCAAUAUUCUCGCCGCUCCUCGCUCCCUUCCCUUCCUUAGCUUAUUCUGCUGUUUUUCUCUAUACUUCAAACUUGUACAACUUCUCGAACCUCCAUCAAGUCUUAGUACUAUCUUGUCCCUUCAGUUCAACUACGGACUGCGGGAAUCGAGGAAACUUCCUUUCAAAAACUCUUCGCUUUCACCGGUUCUCCUCGAAGUUUUUUCAUCCCAACGUGCGUCUAGACGUAAUAUCGACAUGGCUGACCUGGGCGAUUUUCUUGCGCUUAUCGCUACAAUCGUAGUUUUUGCGGGUAUCAUAUAUGGGGUAUAUACCGUUGUCGGCUCGGUUUCGGAGGGAGUAAAAUCUACGAAAGACAAGUUAAAGGAAAAAGGCUACGAGAUAUCAGACAAAGGAAUGUCUGUAAAGACGUCGAAGAGGAUGAAUAGAGAGGACUAUGUUGAUGCGACCCAAAGAGGCUUGAUACGAGCUAUGGGAGCUUCCUCUUUCGGCUCGAACAUUGAUGGGACCGCACAAAGUCCUGCCUCCACCUCACCCUCAGCUGCAUCAGCUAGCCUCUCAGCGCCGACGCUGAAGCAUCGCACGAGUUCUUCAUCAAUAAAAUCUGCUUCCUCAGGAAAGAAACUCAGUCUGUUUGGAAAGAAGAAACACGAUUGAUGGAAUACGCUGGCGCUCCGCUCGCAACCUGUCCAAAACACGAGGUAGAGAGAGAGAGAGAGAGAGAGAGAGAGAGAGAGAGAGAGAGAAUGCCUCUUGGGCGAAGCGAGGGGAAACUAGGAUGUCAGCUGUGGACUUGCGGGAAAGGUGGAGACAAAAGAGCAGGAGUGAGCGGAUGGAGGAUACACCUUGUGGACUUUCGAUAGGUCACUCACCUACUGCGAACCGUGUACUUUUAAGCCUUCCGCUGUUUCUCUUUACAGCGCUACCUGAUGUUUAUGUACAUACAUCCAUUCCCUUUUUAUAUCUUUUUUAUUUUUCUGCUUUUUAUACGCAAAACUAUCACCCGAUACAUACAUAGCAGGUACAAGUGGUGGAAGUACAUAAUGGUAGAUAUCGGUAUACAUAACUAUCCACAAUC